AUGAGCCUGCCCCGCAUCAUUGUGCUCCUGUGGGCAGGGGGGAGUCUCCGGGCCUUUGAAAUCGUGGAGAAGGAGAACAUUUUUCAGAGGACCCCCUGCCCUGCUUUCCUGAUGUUCGAUAACGCAGCCUACCUGGCCGACAUGAGCUUCGAGCUGCCCUGCCACUGUAAGCCCGAGGAGGUGGCUGCUGUGGUCUGGUACUAUCAGGAGCGCCUGGGUAGCAGCCGCACCAAGGUGCUGACGGACUUCGAUGGGCAGAUGCUGACGGCGGCCUCCCAGGUACGGGUGGGCAGCGGCCUGCUGGCCCGCUUCAGCAUCCGCAUGUUCAGCCUGGUGGUCUUCCGGGCCCAGCCUGAGGACUCGGGCUUGUAUUUCUGCGGCACCCGCAAGGGGGACUACUUCUACGCCUACGAUGUGGACGUCCAGAGCAGCGAGGGGAUGGUGGCCACCUUCAAGGACCUGGGCCAGGAGCCCUUUGCAGACGACUACCGGGGGAGCCUCCACGUCUUCACCACCUUCUGGGAGUGGACCCCCUGUGACCGCUGCGGGGUCCGCGGGGAGCAGUGGCGCAUUGGCCUCUGCUAUCUGCAGAGCCCAGACCUCUCCCCACGCUACCGCAAGACAAUGCCGGACGUGGUGUCCUGUGGUUCACGGGCUGUGCCCAGGAAGCUUCAGGCCAAGGUCAGGGACCACACACCCGAGCUGCUGGUCCAGAGCUGCCUGGUGCCCUGCAAGAAUACCACGAAGAUCCGGGGGAGGCUGAUGGCCAUUUUAAACUAUGUGUCCAAAGUGGGCAGACGGCCCUGGCUGCCCCAGGUGCCCAUCCAGUACCACCAGCAGAGGCUGAGUCAUGGGCUCAUCAUCUCCUGUCCCGGGGCCCGGCCAGAGCACGCUGUGGCCUGGGACAAGGACCGCCAGCACUUGUACCGCGCGCAGUACUUGCAGGGCACCAAUAGGUCCAUGAGGGUCUUCAUCGACCAUGGCAACCAUCUCCACAUCCGCUUCACUCAGCUGGACGACAGGGGCAUCUACUAUUGCUGGCGGCAGGGCGAGCGGGUCGCUGGGUUCCGACUGGGCGUGGCAUCUCAGGGGCGCUACAAGGUCUCACUCUCGGACCCCGAGGUCCGCUCCGCCUUGGAACUCACCCUGAUAGGGUACCUGCUCCUCACCGCAGUCUUCGUCACCAUCCACCUUUGUCGCUGCUGCUGUUACGUGUUUCGCUGUUAUCCCAGCUUCUCUCACUAGGUUCUCUCUCCACCCUCUCCGAAGACCAGCUGUGCUCAAAUGUGUUUGUUAAAUGAUUCCAGGUGCUUCUGCGUGGGCAUCCUGGGAUGGGACGUGUGGCAAGGGAGUGCGAACAAGUUUGAGUGACACCCUGCUCCCUGUUUUCAUGGGCACGUCUGGGGCCUGAUCUGGGAAGUGGAGAAGCCUGAGGCAGGUGGGACAUGGGACGGAGGCUAUGAUGCAAGUAGCCAAGGUCCACAUGUCUUCUGACUUCAUGAGGUCAGAGGAGGAGGAGGGGAACCUCAUAUUUAUUA